GAAAUUGUUCCAGCAACAAGAAGACUGGAGAUUUAAGCACAACAUCAGGCUUCGAAGACAGUACAGACCUGCAUAAACCAAGCCCAGCUAAAGUGAGUCAGCUUCCUGAUAUUGACGCACAGUUCCAGAAGUCAGUGACAUGGAAUUUCCAAGUUUCAAUGAUGAAGAUAUACAAGAUGUACAGAAUAAGCACCACAAAUACUAUCAGAGCUCUAAAACAAUGAUUCCUAUACGUCCAAAGCCAAAGAAUCCAUCUCCAUCUCCAGUAGAUGAUGCUGGCUUAUUUUCAUUCAUCUAUUUCUCAUGGCUGACACCACUGAUGAUCAAAGGGUUCAAGAAAAAACUGAAUCAAGACACUGUGCCUCCCCUCUCCCAGUUCAAUUGUUCAGAUGUGAACGCCAGAAGAUUCUUACGCCUUUGGAAGAAUGAGUUGGAAAGAAUGGGCAGCGAGAAAGCUUCUUUGGAGAAAGUGGCUGUGCAGUUUCAGCGAACAAGACUUAUUAUGAAUAUAAUUUGCACGGUCAUUUGUAUGAUUUCUAGCUUUUUGGGACCGGCAGUGCUGGUUCAUGCUAUCCUCCAACAUAUUGAAAAAAAGUCAGACAAUCUUGUUUAUGGAGUCGGUCUAUGCUUUGCCUUAUUUACCACAGAGCUCUGUAAAACAACUUUCUUCACAGCCUCAUGGGCUAUCAAUUAUCAGACUGCCAUUCGACUAAAAGGUGCCAUUUCUACUUUGGCAUUUGUUAAGCUGAUCCAUCUUAAAAGUUUAAACAAUAUUUCCAUUGGUGAGGUAUUGAAUCUACUAUCAAAUGAUGGUCAUCGACUAUUUGAAGCUGCUUUGUUUUGUCCUUUUAUAUUCGGUACUCCAAUAUUGCUGAUCAGCUGCACAAUAUAUUCUUACGUUAUCCUUGGUCCAACAUCUUUGUUGGGGAUUGUUGCUUAUAUUUUAUUUAUACCUGUUCAGAAGCAGUCACUUUUGGAAAAUCAUUGUAAGAAUGGAAUUGCAAAAGUUAAAUCCAUUCUUUUGGAAGAUAUGGAUUACCCAGAUGUUCGUAAAACUGAACGAAAGAUAUUAGAAAAAGCAGGAUAUGUUCAAAGUGUGAAUACUUCAGUGGCUCCUAUUGUACCAACAUUGGCCACAGUCCUCACAUUUGUUGUACACACGCUCCUGGGAUAUGAGUUGACAGCAUCCACGGCAUUUACUGUGAUCGCAGUUUUCAAUUCAAUGAAGUUUUCAUUGGCCAGUCUGCCAUAUUCUGUUAAAGCAUUUGCAGAGGCUAAAGUUUCUUUACGGAGGUUAAAGAAAAUUCUAGUCAUGAAAGAUCCUGUUGUAUACAUGAAAACUCUGAAAGACUCUCCACAUGUGGUCCUGAUGGAAAAUGCUUCACUUUCAUGGGACAACACAAAUGGCAAUGGAAAAUUAUAUUCUGCUGACAAGGUGCCAAAAGGAAAAAAAGUUUCUGAAGCAAAUGGAACAAAUGAGCCCAACAUUUCUGGUCAACUGCCAGAAAUCACAUCUAAAACAUCAACAGAGAAAGACAGCCCUAUAUUAAUGACUCUCCAUAAUAUAAGCUUCAGUUUGGAAAAGGGGUCACUUUUAGGAGUUUGUGGAAAUGUAGGAAGUGGAAAAAGUUCUUUAAUAUCUGCUCUACUGGGACAGAUGGUUUUACACAAUGGGGUGGUAGCUAUCAAUGGAUCACUUGCUUUUGUAUCGCAGCAAGCAUGGAUAUUUCAUGGGAGUGUCAGAGAAAAUAUACUAUUUGGAAAGACUUAUGACGAAGAAAGGUAUAAGAAAGUGAUUGAAGUCUGCAGUCUAGAACAGGACUUGAAAAUACUCCCCUUUGGUGAUUUUACUGAAAUAGGAGAAAGAGGGAUCAACCUGUCCGGUGGGCAGAAACAACGAAUUAGCAUUGCUCGUGCUGUGUAUUCAGACCAAGAAGUUUAUCUGUUGGAUGAUCCCUUAUCAGCUGUGGACGCCCAUGUUGGGAAGCACAUCUUUGAGCAGUGUAUCAAAAAAGCACUCCAGAAGAAAACAGUGAUUCUGGUCACUCAUCAGCUGCAGUAUUUAGAACACUGUGAUGAAAUCGUUCUAUUAGAGGAUGGCAAAAUUAAAGAAAAAGGAAAACAUGAAUUAUUGAUGAAUGAGAAUGGACACUAUGCCAGUCUGAUCAACAAUUAUCAAAUGAACCAACCAAAUAGUUCAGAACAGGACAAUGUGAUGCCACCUAGCUCUGAAACAGAAAACCUGGAUGGAAUUGCUUCAAGCACAGGAUUAAAAGGCUUAGACAAUGCUGCAUUUGAUAUGACUGAUGAGAAGAAUGAUUCAGCAGAUGAAAAUGCUGAGAAUGUGAAGACAAUGAAACAAGAUGGAAACCAUACGAAAGCACAAAAAACGCAACUUACAAAAGAAGAGGAGAACCAAUCAGGCUCAGUAUCAGGAAAAACUUACCACCAUUAUAUUAUGGCAGGGGGAGGAUAUAUAUUCUUUCUAUUUGUUCUCUUUAUGUUCAUCCUUAUAAUCGGCUGUACAACUUUUAGUGGAUGGUGGUUAAGUUACUGGAUAGAAGAGGGAGCUGGGGCUGACUGUAUUGCACAAAGGAACAACACCACGACAGUGGACUGUAGCAGCAUCACCAAUAAUCCCCAGCUAGGAUUCUACCAACUAAUUUAUGGGAUGUCCAUUGUUGUAACAAUUGUUCUGAGUGUUAUUAAGGGAUUUGCUUUCACAAAGUUUACUUUGAAGUCUUCAUCUACAUUACAUGACAAUGUAUUCUACAAGAUUUUGCACUGUCCAAUGAAGUUCUUUGACACCACCCCAAUUGGAAGGAUCAUUAACCGCUUUUCCAAGGACAUGGACGAAAUUGAUGUGAGGCUACCUUUUCAAGCCGAGAAUUUUCUACAACAGGUGUUGAUAGUACUAUUCACAAUAGCAACCUUGGCAGCAGUGUUUCCAUAUCUUCUCAUCGCAGUUGUUAUCAUGGCUACAUUUUUUGUAAUCAUUUUCAGACUUUUUCAAAAAGGCAUCAGAGAAUUGAAGAGAAUAGAAAAUGUUAGCAGAUCCCCCUGGUUCUCUCACAUUACCGCAAGUAUUCAAGGAAUAAGCACAAUUCAUGCCUACAAUAAAACAGAUGAUUUUAUUGAAAAAUUUAAAGACUUAAGUGAUAAAAAUUCUAGUCAUUUUUUACUAUUUAACUGUUCCAUGCGAUGGCUCGCUGUGAGGAUUGAUAUUCUCACAGCUAUCAUGACUUUGACUGUGGCCCUGUUUGUCAUCCUGGGUCCUGACUCAAUUCCUGCGUCAAAUAAGGGACUUGCUUUGUCAUAUGCUAUUCAGCUGACAGGAUUACUCCAAAUCUGCAUAAGAAUGGGGAUUGAAACAGAAGCCAGAUUCAUAUCAGUAGAACGAAUAAUGGAAUAUAUAAAGACUUGUGUUUCAGAAGCCCCAUGUCAUAUUAAAAAUGCAACAGUAUCCAAGGAAUGGCCUAAUCAAGGUGCAAUCAUAUUUAAGAACUAUGAAAUGAAAUACAGAGAAAAUACUCCAAUAGUUUUAAAAGGGUUGCAUUUAAAUAUAGAAGCUCAGGAGAAAAUUGGAAUUGUUGGAAGAACAGGAUCAGGAAAGUCGUCACUGAGUGUUGCAUUAUUCAGGCUAGUUGAACCGGUUGCUGGGACCAUCCUGAUUGAUAAUGUCGAUAUUUGCACUCUUGCUUUGGAAGACCUGAGAAGUAAACUUUCAGUGAUUCCACAGGACCCAGUUCUAUUUGUUGGUACGGUGAGGUACAACUUAGACCCUUUUUGGAAUUACAAAGACGAUGCAAUUUGGGAAGCCCUCGAGAGGACCUAUAUGAAGGAUAUGAUUUCAAAACUUCCAAAGAAACUGGAUUCUGAGGUAAUUGAAAAUGGGGAAAACUUUUCUGUUGGAGAACGUCAGUUACUUUGCAUGGCAAGAGCACUUCUGAGGCAUUCAAAGAUUAUAGUUUUAGAUGAGGCUACAGCAUCUAUUGAUUCAGAAACAGAUUCGUUGGUUCAACGGACCAUCAGAGAAGCAUUUAAAGACUGCACAAUGCUGACAAUUGCACAUCGAAUAAAUACAGUUCUGGAAUGUGACAGAAUUCUAGUUAUGGAUAAUGGAAAGGCUGUGGAAUUCGACAAGCCAGAUGUGCUGGUACAGAAUCAGAAUUCAAUUUUUGCAUCUAUGCUGGCUGCUACCAACAAAAUGGAAUCAUAAACAUGCAAAGAAAAUUCACACCUGUGUUCAGAAUUUCUACAAAAACAUACUUUGAUUAGAUUAGAGAAAGAUUGACUCAAAUUUUCUGAAAUAUAAAUGUGCUUAUGGAGCUGAAUGCAUUAUUUUGAAUAUAUCAAUGUGAUGAGCAAUUACUUAUAUAAUCUCAUGUUUCAGCUAUUGAGGGGUGGGGAUAAAUUGGCUCCAACUUGUAUUAUCGUGAUGAUACUGAAGUUAUACACCAUUGAGUUUAAUGAUAAUUUAUUUCAGGAAAUAAAAUAUCGGAGCCUCAAUGUCAAAAA